AUGUUGUUUUCGUGGAUUGUAUUCUUAGCGGGAAUCGAGCAGACUGGGGAUCCCGUGGGUUGUAUUGUUGUCGCAGUCGUUUUACAUUAUUUUAUAAUGGCGUCCUUCAUGUGGAUGUUAAUGGAGGGAUUAACCUGGGUGUUUGGAUUUCUGGCAAUAUCAGAUGCUCGUCUGGUGUUUCAGUAUAUCUUCACAGUACUCAACUCUCUACAGGGUUUCCUUAUAUUUAUCUUAUUCACUGCCAGAGAUAAAAACGUCAGAGAUUACUGGAAACAACUUUGCUGCUGCUGCAGAAUCUCGAGAACAAUAUCCAAACCUUCAGAGACCACCAGUUCCAAUAUGGACUUAUAA